CCGCACAAAAGUAUCAAAACAGCAGCAACACCAUCUGGUCUCUCUAUUCUCGAUAGUCAKCAUCUGUAUUCUUCACGCUGCAAGUCUUUUUUCGUGACUACUGCAGGUGAAAUAGUUCACGCAGUAAUACGUAUCAGAUAGCACUUCUAGCAGUGAAAACGACCGACCUUUCAAAGCAAGAGAAGRACCGUAAUUUUUGUCGAGCCCAAUAAUAUUACGAUGAUAAGCAGCGAUGUUAUAAGUGACGUCAACAAGGCUGCUGGAAUGGUCAUGAACUCAGCCGUUGCUGCAGUUGGGCCKGAUCCAACAGAAUUUUUGAAUUCACAGCUAGCAUCAGCCCUCAGCACCCUUGGUGACUCGCAGUAUUGGGAAGAAACGAUAUCUCCGACCACGAUUCGCAAUGAGUUGAGCGCGAGCGACCCGAGCAAUCCGAAUUCCACCCCAGUUCUUCAAAGAGGCAUGAAAUGGUUACUAGCUUCYAUAAGUAAAGGCAGAGAUGUUUCUGACUUCUAUCCCCAUGUGGUGAAACUGGCUGGGGCUAACUCCCUCGAAGUCCGAAAGAUGGUUUAUAUGUAUCUGGUUCAAUACGCAGAUCAUGACGACACAACUCGGGAACUCUCUCUCCUUUCCAUCAACGCAUUCCAACGAGGACUCUCCGACCAGGAGCAGCUUAUUCGAGCUCUUGCGCUAAGAGUACUAUCGUCGAUUCGAAUCAAUGACAUCUUACAGAUUCAAAUCCUUGGGGUUCAAAAAUGUGCUAGUGAUUCCUCUCCGUACGUUCGCAAGUGUGCUGCCAAUGCACUGGCUAAAUUGGUUCCGAGGUGCGAUGAGAUGCAGCGAGAAAUGAUGUUACAACUGAUGAAAGAAGAAUUCCUGGAUAAAGAUUCCAGUACCAUGGUGCUGACAUCUGCGCUUGUGGCUUUCCGCGAAUUGUGUCCCGAUCGACUGGAACUUUUGCACUCGUCGUACCGAAAAAUAUGCCACUUGCUGACCGAUAUGGACGAAUGGGGGCAAGUUGUCAUCAUCGAUUUGUUGGCUCGUUAUUGUCGGCGAUUUUUCAAGGAGCCCAAGGCGUUGAAGCAGGGUGAAGCCGAACUCAUCGAUCAGGAACGACGUGUCCAUCGAAAACUCUCGACCGGAGCGCAACAGACAACAACCAAAUCUGAGAAAACGGCACUGGGAGCCCACUCUGUUCCGUUGUUCCAAGAAACGAAGUUAGACACUGGUGGUGGUGGUGGGUUUAGAGAUGUUAUCCAAAGCARCAGCAAUACCGGCGGUUUCAAGGAUAAAACCCAUGUGAUUCGACAGGUUACGAAGGGUUUCUAUUCUGACGAAGAAGAUGACUCCACAGGKGAAGAAGUCGUCACGCGUACUAUCUCGACUGCCAGUGCCAUGCGUCAGCCCCCUGUGAUUGGUACUGUUAUGGCAAGCGCAAACACCAGUCCCGAGCCACUCAAUGUUCUUGCCAACACAGAUAUCGAUUCCGACCUGAAAAAUUUGGAUCUCGAUCACCAACUCCUCUUGAUAUCAUCUAUGCCUCUCCUCAAGAGUAGAAAUGCUGGCGUAGUUUUGUCCGUCUGCUCUCUUCACUACUACUGUGGAGUGUCAAGCAUUAAAGCUAGAUCUGCAAUUGGAAAAGCUUUGGUGCGCAUUCACCGUGGACGACGAGAAAUCCAAUACAUCGUUUUGACAUCGAUUCGGGUCUUGGUGCGAGAUUGUCCUUCGGCAUUUGCUCCAUUUUUGUCAGACUUUUUUGUGAAGGUAGGUUGAKUUAUUGAAAACAGCUAGUUUUGUUGAAUAAAAUCGGGUUUUGAGUUAAGUCCCUCACCCUUUUUCUUGCAAAUUUUAUCCAGGCUUUGGAUCCACCGUUUACCCGCCURAUCAAAAUUGACAUUCUUGUUUCCUUGGCUCUUGAACCUGCUGCCAUCAAGGCAGUACUCAACGAGCUUCGAUCUUACAUUCGUGACGGUGAUAAGGCAUUCGCUACAGCAUCUAUYCGAGCAGUGGGUCGUGUUGUUGAAAUUGCUCAGAUUGUAUACGAUCGUCACGGCGAGUCAAACGGAAUGUCCGUUAGAGAACGACAGGCAGCCUGCGAGGUUGCGCUGGAUGCACUUUAUGGCCUUUCUGUUGUGACCCAAGUUAGCGAAAGUAGGAUYGUUGUUGGAGAAGCUGUUAUGGUAAUGGAGUCAAUUCUUGUAUCGUUAAAUGCAUCCGCUACUCUCGGCGAUGGUUCGACUUUCGUGGUCCAAGAUCCGAAUCAAGUUCGAGCGUAUGCCAUGCGGCGAAUCUUGUUGUUGCUCGCUGGCUCUUUAUCGAGCCGUCAAAAAGAAUUGAUACUCGAAGUCGACGAGGAGAGUGACGAUGAAGAAAAAGAAGUUUCAGACAUAGAAAAGCUAUCAGUGGACUUGAGAUCAGCAGCUCUUUCUUCUGCUCUUUGGAUUGUGGGAGAAUGGAUGGCCAAUAGUCCAUCAUUCAAUACUUCGUGGAUGCAUGGAGCACACGACAUCUCUAAAGUUAGACAGGAGCUGCUCCGGCUGGUGGAUAGUUGUUUCCCCCACUUCAACGUUACUGAGAAGGAGCAAUCUCUUCAUUUUGCGAGUAAGGUUUGGAUAUCRUUUGGCCCGUCCACUGGCCUGAAAUCAGAAACUWCYUUAUGCGAACACAUCUUGGCAAUGGGAAGGUUGGACGUGAACCCCGACGUCAAAGACAGAGCACGUUUUGAGAGUUCUCUACUCCAUGCAUCGAUUGGUUUGAAACACGAUACAUCGGGAUUGGACGAACGAUCUGGCGCCAUCAAAUUGGAUCUCGGACAAUCGAAAGCGAUUCUUUUGGCAAAUAAGCCUACUCCUUCUUACCUACCAAUUGAAGGCGAAACCAUUAUCGAUACAACAUCUUUCCGGUUUGGGACUCUCAGCAGUCUUGUUGGCCACCGAGCUCGUGGGCCCUCCACGUCGCUUCCACAAUGGGCAGCGAAAAAUAGUCCGACUGCACUGCGUGAACCGAUCCAGGUCGCGAAAGAACAGCUAGCGCACAACUUUUCGGAGUCCGGCCCUGAUAACAUAAGAGAAAUGCCUGGAUUCUAUGACGAUGACAACGAUGAAGAUAGCAGCAGUGAUGAUUCGUCAGAUUCUAGUUCAAGUUCAUCUGGGAGCGACUCAAGUGAAUCGUCCUCAGGCGACAGUGAAAGCGAUAGCGAUGACUCUAGCAGCAGCUCUGAUGAGAGUGAUAAAAGAAACUUGAGAGUCGCRGCACCUACUUCAGUCGCAACAAAUGGUUUCCAAAACAACUUGUUUCAACCGAUGGGUCUAACAAAUAUGCCCUCCAUUCCAAACUCAUCCAUUUCCAGGGCAUGUGAACCUAAAUGCACGACUGUGGAGUCGUCAUCUGACGACUCUUCUGAAAGCGACGAAAGUGAUGACGAAUCGAGURUCGAAAGUCCUAUCAUACCGCUWAAAAAUUCUAUGACGUCAGGACACCACGGAGGAAUUCCGAACCACGUCCAGAAAGACGGCAAUCUCCUUGGUAUGACGUCUACAAACAAUAGAUUUGCUUCCASUGUGGAUCAGCGUCCUACUUCGAGUUCUUCCGCUAUGGACGAUUUCAAAGGUCUCACCAUGGAGCCUAUUAAAAUAGAAGAUCAAGGUGUCAAUUUCGAAAGAGACUCGGGCGCGUGGACUCAGCUUGUUCGACCAGAGCUCUGYGGGGGACUAUCUGUAAAAUCUCGAUAUCUACGUGGUCUUACCAAAGACAACCAACUGCAAUCGAGCAACAUCAAUCCCUCAAACGCAAAUGCUGUUUGUGUACAACUUGAAUUCAGCAAUAAGUACGUUUUUGUAUCGUGUUACGAAGAAAGAACGAUAGGUGUGACGAUGCUGUGACGUGAGCUUACUCAGCACUACCUUCCUCUCUUCCAAUAUUUAUGCUCUCUCUCUCUCUGCAACUUUAAAUAAUAUGGUAGAAAAUCAGAUGCUACCCCGAUCCGUCGGAUCAAGGUGUUGCCCCGUUCAGCCUCCACCGGUGCCUACGCAACAAAGAAAACUUUGUGUCCCCCAGAAAUAAUGGAAUUGAAAGCCAAUGAAUCAAUUAGUGCUGCAUUGAUAUUUGAGUUUGCUUCGAUGUCCAAUCGAGAGGGUGAUUUGGUUGGUCGAAUUGAAGUGAAACAGGGUUUUGGAGGAAGUGUCCCCAUUGAAUUCAAACCCAGUGUUGGCGAGCUCUUGUUGCCUCCUAGCAGAAUUCUUUCGAUCCAGGAGUUCGAUUUAGCAAUGAGCAGAAUGCAAGGUUUUCAACGCAUCGAGUCGCCGUACACAACAUCGCUGCCUAUCACUUCCGUAUCCACUUCUGUGGUCAAGAAUUCAUCGUUGAAGACAAUAGGGAAUGGUACCUUCUCAUCAGACAAGAAGCUUCGGUUGAUGGGACUUCUUCCUGCAAAUAAAGAACCAGUUUUGGUUAAGAUCGAAGCCAACCAAGGAGGAGGCAAGAUAACGGUCUGCUGCGAUCAUGUGGUAGCAAUCAACAGCAUCCUGAGUCUUGUGAAACGAUCAGUGACUUCAUAAAUGUCACCAAAGAGUGUCGAACGGAUGGCUUAUUUCGUAGCWAUUAGCUCAGGUUUAUAACAGGCGAAGUCAACUCUGAAUUUUCUUAAUUUUUAGCCCUGGWAARAAUCAUUCGAAGYAUCCAUUAAUUUCGAAACGACUUYCAACAUUUYCAUUCAAGUCUAUAGCUCAGUUUCAAAAKAUCUUYKUCGCAAUGCAUAUUGUAUGGUCACWAAAUCGUAGUCGACAACAGCGAGUUCUACUAUCAAAGAAUGGAAAUUUUGGUGAGGUCCAAACCAUCGUUUCAGCUAAAGUGUUCAUGAGCUAUUGUUAAAAGUGUGUUUUUUCGURCGACUAYUCUAAUAUAUGUMGUCCUCACAUMGGGUACAAUAAGGGGAGUCGGCAAAUAGCGAAGUCAUUACCGCAGCUUGGUUACCGGWAAAACAAAUCCCCUUAGUUAUUUCCUUCACAUACGAAAGAGUUCUGCGACAAGAUAAGGGCGACAAUUAAUCCGUAAAGACCGAGGGCUUCUGCAAAAAUCAAGAUCAAAAUCAUACCAACGAAAAGCUUCUCUUGUUGUCCAACGGCUCGUACUCCGGCAUCUCCGACAAUUCCRAUGGCCAUACCAGCCGCCAGGCCGGACAGUCCACAGCAAAGGCCGGCGGCCAAGUGAGCAAAACCGGUGUAUAAAGAAUAUUGGGAAAGGCCGUUUUGAGGAGCCACGAUGGAUCCCUGGAUGAUAACGGCAACGAUGAGACCGUAGAUACCCAAAACUCCCGCCAUGACAACUGGAAUAAUGUUACGCAUGACCAAACCAGGAUUCAUGACUCCCAUGGACGAGAUACCGACACCAGACUUGGCAGUUCCGUAAGCGGCACCGAUGUUGGCGAAAACGAGGGCAGAAGUGACACCCAUGAAACCGAAGAAGGGCGCAGAGGCCGGGCAAGUUUCCAUUUCAACACUCAUUGUGAUUWAUUUGUUUUGUUGUUUUUAUUUGCUGAAAUGMGGUAGAGCGAUAUAAAUAGGUGUUGUUGUG